AUGGCGAAAAUGGCACCAAUUUCGAACCAGGCAGCAUGGAUUCCUGCAAAGUCAAGGCCUCUCGAGGUAGGACCUGGCCCUGAACCAGACCCUUCUGAAGACGAAGUGGUUAUUCAAGUUGCCUACGCCGCAGUGAAUCCAACCGACCACAUGAUGCAAGACCAGCCCUACUUUGAAUUGCAAUAUCCCUUUAUUUUUGGCACCGAUGUUGCCGGAACGGUGGUUCAACUUGGCUCCGGCGUGACUCGAUUUCAACUGGGCCAGAGAGUGAUCGGCCACUGCGAUAGUCUCCUCACUCGAAAGGCCACCAAUGCGGGAUUUCAGCUGUAUACUACCUGCCGGGAAAUCCUGGUGUCUGCAGUCCCCGACUCCUUGCCCCUGGCCAACGCUGCCGUACUCCCUCUCUCGGUCUCCACGGCCGCGAGUGCCUUGUUUCACCAGCUCGAGCUCCCAUUCCCAUUGCUGGCGCCCAAACACACCGGCAAGACGGUUUUAAUCUGGGGUGGGAGCUCAUCGGUUGGUAGCUCGGCUAUCCAACUGGCUCUUGCAGCGGGCUUUGAUGUCGCAACGACUGCCGGUAGCUCCAAUCAUGAGUAUGUCAAGAAUCUUGGGGCUACUCAUGUCUUUGACCACAAGGAGCCCGGUGUCGUUGAGAAGAUUUCCAAGGUCCUCAAACCUGGCGAUGUGGUCUUUGAUUGUAUUAGUAGUCCAAGUACCCAGGUGGCCUGUGGGAAGAUUCUUGAAAGCAUCGGGGGUGGAAAACUCCCUGUGGUGUUGCUACCCCGAGAGCCGUUCCCUGAUAAUGUCCAAGGGGUCUUUGUGAAUGGCCUGGCUCCAGGGAUGUUUGCCUUGAAUGUUGGUGAUGCUGUCUGGUGCAAAUACAUCCCACAGGCUUUAGCGAGCGGCAAGUUUCAGGCCAAGCCAGAUCCAGAGGUUAUUGAAGGAGGGCUGGAGAAGGUCCAAACAGGCAUCGAUCUUCUUCGACAGGGCGUCUCCGCAAAGAAAGUGGUGGUAGAGAUCUCGAAAGAGUAA